ACGUGAAAGGAGCCAUUUUUGAAGAGAUGCUGACCCCGCUGCACAUGUCCCAGAGUGUCAGAUAACUCGGUUACACGCCUACAAGUCCGUGAAGUGUUGGGCUUUUGACAAGAAAGGAAGUAGCAUAUAAACCUUGGAAAAUGCUCAGCAGCAGCAGCAGCAGCAGCAGCAUCCACAAAGGACAGCAGCCAAGAACAAAUCAGAGAAGCAGCUUGCCUUAUGCACAGAAGAAUGGCUAUGCAAACCCUGGCACUGUGGUUGCUGCUUCUGGGCUCAGUGGUGCCACAGGUCUGCUGUCAGCACUGGUCAUAUGGACUGAGCCCAGGAGGGAAAAGGGAACUGGACAGCCUUUCAGACACACUGGACAAUGUAGUUGAGGGGUUUUCACAUGUGGACACACCUUGCAGUGUUUUGGGUUGUGUUGAGGAAUCGCCUUUCGCCAAAAUCUACAGAAUGAAAGGAUUUCUUGGCAGUGUGACCAACAGGGAGAAUGAACACAGAAAUUAUAAAAAAUGAUGAUUGUUUGAUUCUACAAUAAAUAAUCAUAUUGGCAUAUCUA